AUGGGCAGCCGGCCUGGCACGGUACCGAAAAGCCACGCCCAGGGCCCAGAACCACCGCGAAUUGUGAGCAACAUCCUGGAAAGCGCCGCGGUAAAGACGUCUGCCGUUGGGGGAUUGGCCAACAAUGCCAAGAUUCAAGCUUUGCAGAGACAAUGGGAACAGAAUAAUCAGGCUCAAGGGCCACCUGCAGUGCCCUCACUCAGGCCUCCCCCGCGUAAAAGGGACUCACCAGCCUCUGACACUCCUGCUGUCAAGAAACAGGCCAUAGGCGACAGGCGUCCUUCUCCUAGCAGCACGUCGGAUGGAGGAGCUCAAAUGGUUGACAGCCAGACUCGUGCCAACGCCCGUCGUUUUACGGAAGCAGAGGUGGCAAGGCAAAUGUCAGAGCUCACGGGCGCGUCCGUCAAGAAGAGCGCCAUGCAACCCGUCCCGGCCUUGACGGCGACAGCUGGGCCGCCGAGAGCGCCGGCCAGACACUUUCCCACCGGAGGAGAACUACUCAAGAAGAUCAUGGAUGCUCAGGCGGCUUCCAGUCCUUCUCCAGUUCCCCGGGCAGAGGCUUUGACGCAGCCCCCUCAGGUAUCCACACCAGCUCCCGGAGAUAGGAUCGUUGCGAUUACCAUGGCUGAGCCAAACCGGGCCUACGUCAAUUAUCUCUGCCCUGAUGGUACCAUGGUCUCUGGGCGCGGUGCCCUGAUUCCUUCCAACUACAAGUUGUACGACAACAACGAGUAUCCUUUUGUCUGUCCUGUGCGGGACUGCCGUCGCCUCUUUGCUGGGCUUAAAGGCCUUGGUGGACACUUUGGAGCUAGCCACUGCUCAACUACCUUCAACGACAAUGGUGAUGGAACGCUCACCAAGGUUAGUAACUAUGUCAAGCACGGAGGCGGUGGCUCUCCUGGUAUCGUCAUCUCGAAGCACCCACUCCCAUCGAAUGCUCCUCCACCGUCGGAUGCAGGUCUGCCGUAUGUCUCUGCGGCUCAGAAACGAGCCUCGGGUGUUGGACUCCCGGAAGCGCCAGAGAGGAAGCCUUCUACCAGACUGAAUGAUGCUACACAGCAGAAAGCAGUGCUGCCCGCGCUCACAUGGGACGUUAAAGACUAUCUGCACCAGUUUCUGAGUCCAGCCCAGAAGCAUCAUCAACGAGAGGAUGUCACUGCAAUGUUGAGCCUUCCACGAAGACGACUCCUCCCUGACACCUGGAUCCAAAAUCACCGUGGGGGCGAUAUCGACAUCAACCACUACGCAUGUGCUUUGGCCUACCUCACAGGAAAAGAAGUAACGGGACCAGAAGAAUGCGUGGCCAAUACUCGAUCUAGUUCACGACCGUCGGCACGACUCUCUCACCCUUGCAUCGCUCUGUGGCCUGGCAUGCCAGCGUCAGCCAAACAAGCCUUCUUUGGUGCAGAGACUUGUGUAGGAUGCAGGUACUGGUGUCAUCUUCAGCGCCAGCGGAACUGUUGUGACUGGGGACCUGAGUCUAGGUCUGGACGGGGUUCGAGUGGGUCGGUGAGGUCGUCGUCAGGAUCUGAGGAGGCCACCCCCAGACCUGAUGCCAUGGAGGUUGACCAGGACUAUCAACCUGAGAAAGUCAGCCUAUCUAGGACGGUGACCGAGACGGCUCCGGAGCCGAGACAAACCAAGAGGGUUCAGUCUCAGGCUGCCUCAGCCGGAUUCACGAUGAGAGAGCAGCCUAUGGCCGGUGUCGUUGGCGGUCCAGGACAGAUGGGGGGCGUUGAGCUGGAGAUGGAGGACUGGGAGGUUGCGCCGGGAAGAGUGAGGGACGAAUCAUCCGAGAACGUUGCGUUCUCCAACUCGUACCUGACUAGCGGACAACCCAUCACCGUUUCCGAGGACGUCAGUUUCAACGUGCUUGUCAUCAAGCCCGGCAGCGCCAGCCACUGGAGCGUGGAAGACGAUAAGCUGCGAACCUGCUCAGUGGCGGCGGGCAAGGUCCGGGUGACGAUGGGCGAGAAGACAUUCCAGCUGGGACCAAACGGCAUGUUUGUUGUUCUCAACCCGCGAACAACAAUCCCCAGAGAGCAGCGGCAGGAGAAUUACAGGGCCUCUACCGCCAUGGCUCCAGGCGGUUUACAGGCGUCACCUGAGCUGAGCAACGACAGGGACUCUAUCAACGUCAACCCAGGGAGUCCGCCGAGUCCGUUACCGCCGCUGGAUGAGUAUACUCUUGGGAAACAGAAGGAGAAGCAGAAGCAGGAAGAGAAGCAAGAGGAGAAGCCAGCGGAGAAGAAGGAGGGAAAACUUCCUUUGCUUCCGAAACCUGAGAGGGGAAAGUUCACAUUAGAUCCUGAAGGCGAACUCACCCAUGACCAAACCACCGUCGACAUCGUCACUGUCCCUUGUCCUGGCGGUGAUCCCCUCCGGACGUGGAACCGCGACGGUCUAAUGGGUCGUUACUUUGGCGCCCUCUCCAUGCGCGACGCCGAAGGUUCUGCAACAGCCGAGCAAGACCGACCAGCUCCAUCAUGGGUUCGACAGGGGAUUAGGAGAGAAGCUGACCGUGCGAGGAUACUCUUGUACGAACAUCCGCCUGCGGAGGGUGCUACAUUGAGUUCGCUAGCUGAUGCGUUGCUGGAGGAGUUGGAGAGGUUGAGGACGAGGGAGGAUCAGAAUAGACCGGUUGUUUUUGUCGGACAUAGUGUUGGAGGGGUUAUUGUCAAGAUGGUGUUGGUGAAGGCGAGUAAGGAUACCAAGUAUGAGAGUAUCUUUCGGCAAUGCUAUGGCGUUGCAUUCUUUGGAACUCCUCAUCAAGGAUCAAGCUACUUUGCCAUGCCCAGUCUAUCGUCCAGCAUCCAGACCCUUCUUCAACUUUCAUCUCCCCUACCGACUUCAGUCACCGACGAGCUCAGGGUUGGAAACAGCUUGCUUCUGCGUCUUGAUGAUGACUUUAAGUGCAUUUCUCACGACUUUCGCAUCUGGACGCUCUACGAAACCAUCGACUCGCGGCUCUCGGGCAGUGGAUCGGGAGAUGUUUACUUCAUGGCGCCCCUGACGUCCAUCAAAUCGGCCAUUCUCGGUAUGCGUCAGGAGACGAUUCUUCCUCUGCAGAGCGACCAUGCCAACAUUGCAUCCUUUGGUAGACACAAUGUUCACACGCUGCGUUUGUUCUUGAAGCAACUGUCGGCCCUGAUUGAUCGUGCUGACGAGUACUCGAGCGAGGACGGCCACUGGACACUGGACUUGGAACAAAAGGUCAAUAUUGAAGUACAUGGCUUCUUUGAAGACCCCGUCGGGCCUUUGGAGGUGGCAACCAUCAGAGCUUGGUCGACGAGAUUACCCCUGAGGGAGUUUCUCAAAAAGGGACCUGAAGAGUGUCUGGCUGAUCGGUUGAAUGAAGUUGAGAGUGUUGAGGAGGGGAGGUUCCUCAGAGCGAGAGGGAGGACUUCUCUGAUACCAGACACGGAGAGAAAGGAGAGCAACAAUGUUCUUUCUGGGGAAGCAUCCAGGAAUCCCUUGGGAAUUAACAACCAAGAGGGAGCAUAUCAAAUGUCUCCCCCAGCUUCCCCCAUUAUACGACCAGUCGACGCCGAGCCGAGGCCUCGAACAGAGUCAGCUCCUCAACGGCUGCCAGGGGGUCCGUUAACGCCUCCAUCACGAGCAACAUCACCACCGACGCAUUAUUCAACUCCAAUGCGUCGUCCAUCACCCCUAAUCCGUGCAAAUUUCGAUCAGGACCUCGCCGUGGAUCGUCUCUCGCCUCCUCCACGUGGAAGAAUGGGUCGCUCUCUAAGUCGGUCGCUAAGCAUGGGAAGUCAAGUCUCUCAAUACGAGUAUCGCGACUUUCCACCCUUUUCACAACGCAGUCGAAGCACAAUUGAACCCAACUUUAGCGAAGAUGACGAUGGAGGACUUGAAGGAUCGCCACGAUUACCAGAAGCUGUUAUUGCUAUUCGGCAGGCUGCAAAGAAUGGAGAGCGAAGAGCAAGCGAGACAGUAGUCGUUGAUGAAGUGCCGGUUGCAUUUACAAAGCCAGAGGUUCAUGCGAGAAAUUACCUAACAAGAUCAGUGUCUCCUCGAGGUCGUUCCUCCAAGGGAUCAACAUCAUUGUCGCCAAGGCCUGAUGGGGGCAUCUAUACCUGUCUCUUCAUACCAUAUUUGCACUUUGACAGCUACAAGAGACUCAUUCGUCGACGUGAACUCAUCCUCGAACGUCUCAACCAUGGAAGAGCUCGUCCAGUCCCCGAGUCUGUCGCCAAGUCAGACUCACUCGAGGCACAGGUGAUUUGGGAAUUCCUAGGCCACGAUCCGCCGCUCAACACACGACGAACGCUGGAUCAGUAUGGAUACCCUUCACUUCGAGAUACACGGUCAAGGGACGACGAUCAGAUGCUGUACAAGCUGACAAAGGAGCGGACUUGUCUUUCUGGUCUGGGACCUGGGCUUCAGGGGCAAAUGUCGGAUAGUAGUGCUGGCAGCGGUAGUCGAAAGUCCAAGGCGAGUAGUCAAGAUGGAGAUAAUGAGGAGGACCCAGAGGAUGUGAUGCUCAAUGGGAAUGUGCUCAUGGUGGAUCAGCUUUGGCUGUGGGCGAUUGAUUCUCAUACACUGCUCUCAUUCUUCCCCAAGAGAGAAGGAGAUGCUAUUGAGGGGCCCUUGUAUCAGCAGGCUGAUCUCAGGGAUAGUAUCUUUAACGAGGUCAAUGUUGAUCUUACCAGGCAAUGCGAGAAUGCCCUGGAUCUUGCUGCGUUGGCUGUCCUGCACGCAGUCACUGUACUUCUCGAUAGGUCAUCGCAUCCUGACCUAGAAGUAUUCCGCAUCUUUGAAGAGGCAAUCAGCGUUUUGACCGAGAAACUCACAUCAUCGCUCAAAACCUUUCGAGCUGAAGGCUUCAGAGACAAAGCCGUUGCAUAUGAGCCUGUGGAGAGAAAAUCCCGUUCAAUCAGAGCACGUCACAAAGCCGAAGGUCGACGAGCAGAAGAAGAGAACCGCGACAACACAUCUGCCCUUCUAGAACUCCGAGACAUUGAAGAUGAACUCCUCAUUCUCCUCCAUCUCUUUGAGCGACAAUCCAAGGUCGUAAGCUCCAUGCUCUCAACAUUUGCUCGUCCCGAGAUACGCGAAAGAACUACGAACGGGAGGGUGUUUCUUAGUGAAGCGCUCAAGAGGUUAUCCGAGUAUGCGCAUCAAGCUCAAGAGAUGAUACAACGGGUGCGAAACACGAGGAACGACUAUGAUAAGCUACUUCAGAUGGUGCAGCGUCAGGCGCAAGUCGAUGAGGUGCGACUUAGCAGGUUGCAUGCUGAUCUUGCGAGUGCGCAGAGUCGGAGUGUCAUGAUUUUCACGACUUUUACCGUCAUUUUCUUACCGUUGACUUUCUUUACUGGUUUGUUUGGUAUGAAUACGCGGGAAUGGGGUGGAGAGAAUAAUCUCCCGCUCAAGACCAUUGGAGCCAUAUCACUUCCGUCAAGCUUGGUCCUCAUCACACUCUCGCUCAUCGCAGCCUGGAGCACCCAUGCCCGACGCUUUAUCAAGUGGAUGAUCCGCGCUACCUUGAGACUAUGGACAAAGUUUGGAGAUCCAGCGGUAAGGGCAGCGGUGAGACUCAUCCCACAGAAGGGAAGGGGAACACAGGGGCAGAGUCAGGAUAAAGAGUCUCGGGGGAGGAAGACGGGGUUGGGAGAGGAAAUGAGUGACUUUUGGGAGAGACAUAGAUUAGAGAGGGAGAGGGGAUAUACAGUGCCGGAUAAGAAUAGGAGGGUGGGUAAGGAGGGCAAGACGAAGUAG